AAGACUGCUGAAGGCUGCAGCUGCGCAGAGCGUCGCUCGUCGCAGACGCGAUUUAACACUCAAACAUUUCCACGGAUGCGUCGAAUUUAAAUACAACUUGGUUAUAUAUUUCUAACCUAAUAAAUGAGGUGAAUAACGAGGGCAAAUUUGAUGAUGCAACCAUUGCAUCCCCUCGUGCGUAACUGAUUCGAGCCAAUUGGUGAACGAUGGAGGACAAGCGCAAGAAAAGGAGCCCCAAAGUGUCCCUCCCGCAGCCACCUCCUCCCCCUAUCAAUCCACGGAAGGUCUCUGUCCUACCUGCCAGCAAAAGCGCCACCUUCUCUCUCGGCCUGCCGCAGCCCCCCUCACCGAAAAACCGAGGGAAGUACAAAAGGUCUGUUGGAGUGGCGGGACAACCCAAAGAGGUGUUUACUGGAGUGUUGGCUCCACCCAAGACUACCAGGGCUCACAAGGACAAGCCCAAGGCCCCCCAGCCUGCAGGGCCCAGUAAAGUAGUGCAGUCGUCCCCCCUGCAGCACUCCUUUCUUACCGAUGUGUCCGACGUGCGAGAGAUGGAAGGAGGCCUCUUGAACCUCCUCAAUGAUUUCCACUCAGGAAAGCUGCAGGCUUUUGGUAAGGUGUGCUCCUUCGAGCAACUGGAGCACGUGCGCGAGAUGCAGGAGAAGCUGGCACGACUUCACUUCAGCAUGGACAGCCACGUGGAGGAGCUUUCCGAGGACCAGAGGAAGUGUGCUUCGGACCACAACUUGGAACAUCUGCUCGGCAACCUGGAAGAGCUCAGCACAUCCAUACAAAAGCUCCACUUGGCUGAGAACCAAGACCUGCCCAAGACAUCUGCUCCCUGACUGAGGUAUUGAGGCUGUAACAUCCCAGCAGACGCGGUUACCAUGGACCUACUCCACUGCCAUAGUAACACGGCGGACACAUAAAAGGGCGAAAUGUACUUUUCCUGUUAAGUCACUGAAGGUGACAAAUGACAAACUUAUUUUUAGCACAAGAAACAAUCUGAAAGUAAUUUAUGAUUCCAUUGAAUCUAUUUUUCAAUUUAAAAACAUUUCAAAAGCAUUGUGACUUUUUUAAGGACAAAUGACACAUUACCCUUGACCUACAUUGUGGUUCAGUCGGACACUUUAUAUAUUUGCUAAUAUUUUGAACAGGAUAGAAUAAGAUGUUACUGUAAGACAAUCUUUACCUAAAGACCAAAUGUGCAGCUUGGUUGUUGGAAUCCAGAUUUCCAGUUAUGACAUAAUGGGCCCUUCUAAUUUAUCUGGACUGUCUUUGGGGUUUAAUUAAGAUGUGUAUAUUAUACUGUGUCUUUAUAAUAAGGAUUCAAAAUGGCAGCUACUUCAAGUUUAGGGAAUGUAAAGGGUGAUAACAAAUGCGCUCCAUGACAGGCAAUUUCAAGUUAUUGCUUGGUCCAACCAAUUAAUUUUUUGUCUCCUGUGACUCUAUAAAUAAACUCCUUUGGGAUUGCCUCUUAGAA